UGACGCCUGACAACCCCUUCUUAAACACAUGGAAAGGCACCGCAUUUUCAUUCCCAGCAAAAUCCAUCAAAGUUCAGAUAGGAAAGGAGAAAUCAUAUAGCAAACGAAUAAUAAGGCUCUACGAAAGGUCUCUAUCGCCAAGCAGUUCAAGUAUCCUAGGCUUGAGUCAUCGCCGACAAAGCGACCCCUCCUCCAUGGCUUUAUUAGCCUCGGAGGCAGGAUCCUAUAACGCGCAAGGCAUAUAAGAUGAAAACCGCAUUCAUUUCUCUAUUACUUUUCUCUCCUCCAUUCAAGAAAGAUCAACCUUGAGUCUCUAAUCUACCUAGAUACCUACCUACCUACCUAACACAAGCCACCCCGCAGUCCUCCCUCCUUCCACCAUGGCCAGCCCCGCGGCCCCUUCCUCCCAACGCUUCACGAUCCGCCCCGCGCAUCUCAGCGACUACCAAGCCAUCGGCGAGCUCGCCGCCACGACCUACUCGCACACGCCGCUCACGCAAUUCCUCGCACCGUACCGCGUCGCGCACCCGCGCGCCUACACACGACGGUUCACGCAGCCCGCGCUCCUGCGCUUGCUCGACGCGCGCAGUCUCAGUUUCGUGGCUGUCGAAACGGCGCGGCCCGAUGUCAUCGUGGGCUAUGUGCAGUGCAAGCGUCUAGGAUCGGAUGCCGCGGCGCAAGAGCUGAUGCGGGAGCGGGAGAGCAACUUGGGGCGCAGGUGCUUGCGGUGGUUGGUGUGGCGCUGGUUUCGGCUACGGGAUAGGUUGGUGGGGGGCAAUAGGAGUGAGGAUGGAGAGGCGGGAUUGCUGUUUGAGGGCUGGAAUAAGAGGGAUGAGAGGAGGUAUUGGGAGGGGUUUGGGGAGAGGAGAAAUAGGUGGUAUGUGCAGUCUUGUGUGGUAAGGAAAGAGUUUCAGAGGUUGGGCAUUGGGAGGAGGUUGCUGGGGGAGGUGCUGAGGAGGGCCGAGAGGGAGAAUGUCGUUGUGGGCCUGGAGUCGAGUGAGGAGGGCGAGGCUUUGUACAGAAGUCUUGGAUUUGAACUCCUGGGUAGGUUUGAGCAGGAUCCUUAUGCGGAUUUCCUCGGUCGUGGAGGCGGGAUAUUCAUGUGGACUCCUCCAGCGUGGAAAGCGAAGGCGCUGGAAGAGAAGAAAUGAAAGA